GAUCCGGAUGAGGAGAGUCUGAGGGGAAGUUUGUCCGACGCCGCCGCCGGGGACCGUUUGAGAAGUCGCCGCCGCCGCCGCCCGGAAAGCGGGAGCCUUUGCCCCGCCGCCGCCAUGGGGAACCGGGGGAUGGAGGAGCUGAUCCCUCUGGUGAACAAGCUGCAGGACGCGUUCAGCUCCAUCGGGCAGAGCUGCCACCUCGACCUGCCGCAGAUCGCCGUGGUGGGCGGCCAGAGUGCCGGCAAGAGCUCCGUGCUCGAGAACUUCGUCGGCCGAGAUUUCCUUCCCCGGGGCUCUGGCAUCGUUACCCGACGGCCUCUCAUCCUCCAGCUCAUCUUCUCCAAGACAGAGUAUGCUGAAUUCUUGCACUGCAAAUCGAAAAAGUUCACAGACUUUGACGAGGUGCGGCAGGAGAUCGAGGCGGAGACGGACCGUGCCACGGGGACCAACAAGGGCAUCUCCCCUGUCCCUAUCAACCUGAGGGUCUACUCUCCGCAUGUCUUGAACCUGACCUUGAUCGACCUCCCGGGCAUCACCAAAGUGCCUGUGGGAGACCAACCACAGGACAUCGAGUACCAGAUCAAGGAUAUGAUCCUGCAGUUCAUCAGCCGUGAGAGCAGCCUGAUUCUUGCUGUGACCCCAGCCAACAUGGACCUGGCCAACUCGGAUGCCCUCAAGAUGGCUAAGGAGGUUGAUCCUCAAGGCUUGCGGACCAUCGGUGUGAUCACGAAACUGGACCUCAUGGACGAAGGCACUGACGCCAGGGACAUCCUGGAGAACAAGUUGCUACCUCUGAGGAGAGGUUACAUCGGGGUAGUGAACCGGAGCCAGAAGGACAUUGAUGGCAAGAAGGACAUACGGGCUGCUCUGGCAGCCGAACGCAAGUUCUUCCUCUCGCAUCCAGCCUACCGGCACAUGGCAGACCGCAUGGGCACCCCGCACCUGCAGAAAGUCCUCAACCAGCAAUUGACCAACCACAUUCGGGAGACCCUGCCCUCACUACGCAGCAAGCUCCAGAGCCAGCUGUUGUCCCUGGAGAAGGAGGUGGAGGAGUACAAGAAUUUUCGCCCCGAUGACCCCACACGCAAAACCAAAGCCUUGCUCCAAAUGGUCCAGCAAUUUGGGGUGGACUUUGAGAAGCGGAUUGAAGGCUCCGGCGACCAGGUGGACACACUGGAGCUUUCAGGCGGUGCCAGAAUAAACCGCAUCUUCCACGAGCGCUUCCCCUUUGAGCUGGUGAAGAUGGAAUUUGAUGAGAAGGACUUGAGGCGAGAAAUCAGCUAUGCAAUUAAAAACAUCCAUGGUGUAAGGACGGGGCUCUUCACACCAGACUUGGCAUUCGAGGCCAUUGUGAAAAAGCAGGUGGUGAAGCUGAAAGAGCCUUGUCUGAAGUGUGUCGACUUGGUUAUUCAGGAGUUAAUCAAUACAGUUAGACAGUGUACCAGUAAGCUUGGCUCCUACCCAAGGUUACGAGAGGAGACAGAGAGGAUUGUUACCACCUACAUCAGGGAACGGGAAGGGAAAACAAAGGACCAGAUUCUCCUGUUGAUCGACAUUGAGCUCUCUUACAUCAACACAAACCAUGAGGACUUCAUUGGAUUUGCCAAUGCUCAGCAAAGAAGCACUCAGAUGAACAAGAAACGAGCCAUCCCAAAUCAGGGGUCCUUCCUUCCCUUCGCCAGAAAAUCUGUGAUCCGCAGGGGCUGGCUGACGAUCAACAACAUCAGCAUCAUGAAAGGGGGCUCUAAGGAGUAUUGGUUUGUGCUGACGGCUGAGUCACUGUCCUGGUACAAAGAUGAGGAGGAAAAGGAGAAGAAAUACAUGUUGCCUUUGGAUAACCUGAAAAUCCGGGACGUGGAGAAAGGCUUCAUGUCAAACAAGCAUGUCUUCGCCAUCUUUAAUACAGAGCAAAGGAAUGUCUAUAAAGAUCUCCGUCAGAUUGAGCUGGCCUGUGACUCCCAGGAAGACGUGGACAGCUGGAAAGCCUCCUUCCUCCGGGCCGGCGUCUACCCUGAGAAAGACCAACAGACUGAGAACGAGGACGGCGUCCAAGAGAACACCUUCUCCAUGGACCCACAGCUGGAGCGGCAGGUGGAGACCAUCCGCAACCUUGUUGACUCCUAUGUGGGCAUCAUCAAUAAGUCCAUCCGUGACCUCAUGCCAAAGACCAUAAUGCACCUCAUGAUUAACAAUACCAAGGACUUCAUUCACUCAGAGCUGCUGGCCUACCUGUACUCGUCUGCCGACCAGAACAGCCUGAUGGAGGAGUCAGCCGACCAGGCCCAGCGCAGGGAUGACAUGCUGCGCAUGUACCAUGCCCUCAAGGAGGCCUUGAAUAUCAUUGGCGACAUCAGCACCAGCACGAUCUCCACACCUGUCCCACCCCCUGUGGAUGAUACAUGGCUGCAGACCGGGAGCAGUGGGCACAGCCCUCCGCUGCAUCGCCGGCCUCUAUCUGCUGUGCUGCCACCUGGCAGGCCCCCAGCUGUGAGGGGCCCAACGCCAGGGCCACCCUUAAUCCCCAUGCCUGCUGGGGGCCCUUCAUCCUUCACUGCUCCCCCUAUACCCUCACGGCCCGGACCUCAGAACGUAUUUGCUGCUAACAAUGACCCCUUCUCAGCCCCUCCUCAGAUCCCAUCGCGGCCGGCACGCAUCCCCCCUGGCAUCCCACCUGGCGUGCCCAGCAGAAGACCCCCCGCGGCACCGAACCGGCCAACCAUUAUCCGCCCGGCCGAGCCCUCCCUGCUAGACUAACUCUCUGGGGGGGCGUGUCCAAGCGACUCCGUGUGCCUGGUGUGGCUUCCCCCCCACAUACACAUCUGCCACUUUCAUUUGCCAUUAGGGGAGUGGGGAGGGGAAACUCAGUUUAAUCCAUGUUACAAAGGUUACCACCAUGAUUGAGCCACAGCUGGUUCUUAUACCCACAGCAGUGCCAGCCUCCCUCUCCUGGGUGAGAGCGCAGGCAUGGCAGGUGUUGGUUGUACAUACUGAUUGCACCAGUUUGGGAUGGGCUCUGUGCUCCUGGUCCUGCCUCCCCUCCUCUCUCCCCAUCUCUCUGCUGUUCCUACACUAGGAAAUGGGCAAUUGGCAUUAAUGAUGUGGGGGGGGGAAUCUGCCAGCCCCCCACGGCAGAUCCCUCACAAUAGGAUGGAUCCACUCCGCGCCCUGGCGUGGAACAAGCAGUGGAGCCUCCUGUUUGUCUCUUUGGGUUGAAUAUUGCACUUUGUUGGAGUGGAGGGAACCACAUAUUUGACAACCCCACCCCCCUCUGGCCUCAGGGUUGCCUGAAUGUGUGGGACAUUGAGAGGAGAGCUCUGAACUGGGGACUGUCUCCUUGCCUUUGCCAUGUGCAGAAUCUCUUUCCGCUGCCUCUUGGGCAGAUCAGAUUGAUCUCCGGCUUCCUCUUCCCUCCUGACACCCAGAAUUUUUUUUGUAUUGUUUAAUAUAUUCUAUAUGAAACUGAUUUCCACCCCACCCUGCCCUAAACCCAAUUUUUUUUUUUUUUUUUGGCUAAACUGAUCAUAGUCUAUAUUUCAGUUUUAUAGCUUUGAGGAAAAUUUAUAUAUGGAGGAUGGGACUGCAAAUAGCCGUGUUGCUAAUAAAUCUAAUUCACCGCAAACGGGGGCAGAUGAUCCAGGCUAGUCCUUUUGGCUGGAGGCACCAGUCAGCAGGGAAACCUCAGGUAUUUCUCAAGGGGUAACAGGGUUUGGAGGGAGCUAUUAAAGCAGCACUGUGCUGUAUGCAGCAUUCAUAACCUUUGGUAAUAACCAGCUAUAUCUGAAGCGGGUUUGAGUCCCACACAGGUCAGGAGAGGAGAAGGGAGAGCCAGGAUCUGGGAGGCAGGGAUUCGUAUCUCAGUUGUCUUCCCAACCCACUGGGGCAGCUUAUGCUUCUGGGAGAGCUCCCUGUGUCCCUAGGCACCACUACGGCAGCUUAGCUGGUGUCCAUGGAGGAGCAGAGAGAGCUGUCAGAGCCCUAGUAUGUCCUGUGGCUGGGAGCAAAGCACGUAACUGCCAGCAGGGGCUGACUCCAAGCAAAGGUUCACAUGGCCAUGGUGUGACACAGCAUCCAAGAGAGGCUGCAUGCCCCAUGAGGAGAUCAUUGCCACUCCGCUGGGAGGAGGCUGCUUGCAGGGGACUUGUUUCGCCAUUACAAAGGGUGCUCGGGAGAGCCCAUGUGCCUCUAGUCCCCAUAUCCCCUGCAUCCCCUGCUCCUGUAACUUAGCCUGCAGUGCCUUCUCAGCUGUCUCAGCAACAUGCCUGGCUGUGGUCAACACAGAGGUUAUACAUACUGUUAGAGAUAGUCUGAUGUGGAAAAACUCCUAUCCCCUGGGUGGCUUCUAGCUCAACCCCUGCUGUAAGCAAACCACUAAGGGUGGCACUAGGUGCCUAUCUCUCUGUGCCCACAGGGUCUGGAUCAGGUCGAUGCCUACCUGCCUUAAACACCCUUUUGUGUUAAUGUUACCAUAGCAGCCUGGUUCCUUUCUGCCUCCUGGCAAGGAAGGGCUCCAACUUGGGACGUAGGCAGCAGUUAAUAACUCCUCAGGAUACCACGCUGUGGCCACUGUGCCAGGGGACAGAGGGUGCCAAGGGCUGGGUGACAAACCACACCCCCUCUGCCCCCUCCUUGCAAGCCAUUGGCUGGUGUAACUUGGGUCUGACAGCUGGGAUGGUGUUGGUGCCCCCCAUCCCUGGAGCUAUAGCAAGGUCUCGCUAGCUUGGAAGGCAAGGCCGUUUCCUCCCUGCUACCAUCAGCUCUGAUCUCUCAGCCUUUCCAUGGUGCUAUGGCUAUUCUUGUGGCCUUCCCAGAGCUGCCCAAAGGCCCAGCUUGGGGUUGUUUGUUUUGGUUUUUGUUUUGUUUUGUUUUGUUUUGUUUUUUGUUUGGUUUUUUUUUUUGCCUCUACAAAAUGCAGCUGACUGUGCCUCCUGCUGGUGCUCACUGCUGUUAGCACUUGCAACACAGGACCCAGGACUUGCCCCUUCUCUCUCCUACUCCUUGGUUUGCCAAUGUGUAAGUGCCUCUGUUCUGUAUCCUAUUAAUAAACUAAAAAGAAAAAAAAUAAAGGGAAAAUUCUGCUGGUGAA